AUGGCGGAUCCCACAGAGAUGUUUUCUCUGUCAACCUUCCACUCUCUCUCCCCUCCGGGCUGCAGACCUGCCCAUGAUAUCAGCCUGGAGGAGUUUGAUGAUGAAGAUUUGUCGGAAAUUACAGAUGAUUGUGGAAUUGGGCUGAACUAUGACUCUGACCCCUAUGAAAAGGACUGUUUGAUGCUGGAUGUGAAAGGUGCACCUCAGGCUGUGACUGAGAUCUGCUCCUUCCAGGAUGACCUGCAGGAAUUUGAAAUGAUUGACGACACGGAUGACAUGGAGGAAAGUGAACUGCUGCCUUCACCCUCUGCCACAACCAUCCAACAGACGCGCCCUUCCACCUUAAACCUUGCCACUCCACUUUCCCACUCACAGGAUUCUCUCAAUAACAAUGCCAGCUUCUCUCCCAGGAAAGCUAGCUGGCAGGAGACACUGCUGCACUCCUCUAAUGGCCAUUUAACCCCUCCACAUCUGUGUAUCCAAGAUAGUGUCCACCAGGCUGGUUGGUGCAUGACUGGCCCGAAGUCUGGACCACAUGGCCCUGGAUCACAACUGAAACACAUGGAGACCGCAUCAUCCCAGUCACCUCUGAAACCUCUACUGUACGAUUUUGAAGGGAAUCGGCGGGAUACUCUGGAAUACGGGUCUUUUGGUUUACACACAAAGUCAGGAAGCUCUUUCCCUGAAAUGGAAGCUGGCCACGAUAGCCACACACAUCAAACUAACACAGCAGACAAUAUCACAUCACAAAGCUCAGAUACAGAGCUGGAACAAGACUUGACUAGCAGCAGUUCCAAAGGACAUUCUUGUUCUGCUAAUAGAUCCAGCGAAAUGUACACACUUGCCUCUGAAUUAGGAAUGAAUACUGAGAUUGAAGCUGACCAUACCUUUGCUGCCACUAGUAAAUGCCUGUCACCAUCCAACCUUAGCAACGGUUCCUGUACUCCUGUGUCUGAUGCAGAGCUUGAACUAGAAUUUGGAAUUGCAAACAAGAUGCACAGAGCAUCCACAGAGCAAACAGCUUUUGUGCCCCCUGUUCUCGAGCAAAUAAAUUUGCCAACCCCUGCCACCACUGCAAUGAGUUCUUCGGCUCCUGAUUCAGAGAUGGACCAUGACCAUGACACAGAAGAGACAGCUGUUGACUAUGUGCAGCCAUCUAGUUCCAAUAGCAAUACAGUGUCUCCUUCCUCUGACCCAGGCAUCGUGGCAGAUCUCACCAGUAAAAGCACCAAGAAAUUUAUGCAGUCGUACCAAAGUGAGGAUGGUGUUUCCUCUGGUUCUGACUCAGAAUUGGAAGAACUCGAAGAAAGACUAACAUGUGACAACAGUGCUGCAUGUAACAUGAUUUCUUCCAUCUCAGAGACUGAGUUAGACCUUACUAGUGAGAGCAGCAGUGGUCGGUCAUCACAUUUAACCAACUCAAUUGAAGAAGCAAGUUCACCCAACUCUGAUCCUGAGAUUGACUGGGAAGGAGAAAUAAAUACUUCUAAUGUUAAAGAUCGAUUGUACUUGGUAAAGACAGCCAGUAAUACCGACGUCAAUACAUUAAACCCAGUCGCUGAAUGGGACCUUGACAGUGGGUAUACAGGAAGAUUUGUGUGUGCUACAGAUAAAAAUAAUUCACGUCCUUCUGCCAGAGUUUCAGAGUCAGAGUUAAUAACAGACCAACUUACUGAUGUUAUUGAUGAAUCUUUGCAAGAUCCUGACCAGACAACAAAACAGAUUACUUCACCAGAAACUCCAGAGUUGAGACCAGAUAGUAGGAAUGAAAGUACUGCCAGGCCCACAUAUCUUGAUAUUAUACCAAAUCCAUUGCUGUCUCAGGUCCCAAGCCCAAAAUCACAAACAGAAGAUAAUGAUGAAGAAAACAGUGAUGAUGAACUGAGUAAUGAUUCUGAGUCUUCGUGUUCUGAUCAUGAUUUAGACGCUGAUCUGAGUGAAAGUUCUGACUCCCCUUGGCUUCUUAGUAACAUGAUCAACACAAUGAUUUCACAAGGCUCCCACACUGUCAAAGACGAGGGCUGGAUGCAGACUCAUUCCUUCAGUGAGACCGUUUCCUCAUGUUCUGACAUUGAGAUCGAGCCAGUGUUCGCUAACCAGCUACUGUGCACUUCAGGGCAUCAAAAUGACACAGGCCAGACAGAUUCGAAAAACAAAGACCAUCUUGACUUAGACAUUGAGAUAUUGGAUAGCAAUGAUGAUUUUGAAGAUUCAAUGUUCUCCAAAGAUGAGGAUAAAAGAAAAGAGACAAGAGCUGAGGAACCUGAGUUAAUGCCAACUUCUAACAAUAAACCAGCAACCAUUUACCUGGCUUUGAGUAAUCCACCCGAUGAUGCAGCCGUGAGAGGAGACAAUUAUAGUGUAUCGUUGACUCCAGGAAGAGUUGAUUCCUGUGAAGCCGAAGCAGAGUUAAGCAAGGAUUUUAAGGACAGUUGCACAAAUGAAGAGGAUGAUGACAUCACCAUAAUGCCAAACUCCACGCUAAGCUUCAAAUAUGAGGAGCCAAUGGAAAGCCUUCAAGGAAUAAAUCCAGAUCAUGACAUGGAUGCUCCAAGUUUCAGUGAAGACCUAGAAGCUGCUUUUAUUUUAGAAGAUCGGUUAACUGAAUUGAAUUCUCGGCCACUCACUUCUGAGUUGCAAACAAAAUCAAAGCCAGUCAGUGAAGAGACUGACUGUCCCAAUAAAUGCUCAAACCCAUCUUCUUCUUCAUUUAAUGCAAGCCCCAAAAUACCCAUAUCCUUUAGUGACCCAUCAAAUGGCCCUUUCAACCUGAAGGAACUGUCCCCAUUGCACAGAGCAGCCAGCAAGCAGCUAGACCAGUCAUUGGCCUAUGACUCUAUUAAGUAUACCCUGGUGGUAGAUGAGAACACUACUUUAGAGCUCGUCAGUUUGAAGCGUUGCACCUCCAUCUUGAGUGAUGAUAGUGAAAUCUCAACACUGUGCGACAACUGUGAGCUGGAAAUGGAUAACGAGUUUGGGGACUGCAUAGAGAGACAUGACAUCGAGGACUCAUCUGAGGAUUCAUCACCUGAAGCCGACACACAGUUUUCCAAGAAAUUCCUCAAUGUUUUUGUCAACAGCACUUCUCGGUCUUCCAGUACAGAAUCCUUUGGCCUUUACUCCUGCACAAUAAAUGGUGAAGAGCGGGAGCAGACUCAUCGAGCAGUAUUCCGGUUUAUUCCUCGCCACCAGGAUGAACUGGAGUUGGAUGUUGAUGAUCCAUUGUAUGUUGAAGAGGAGGAAGAUGACUACUGGUACCGAGGUUACAAUAUGCGGACAGGGGAGCGAGGAAUCUUCCCAGCGUACUACGCCCAUGAGGUUGUCAACCAGGCCAAGGAAUUCCUAGGAAUAAAGAAGAGCAGUGUCUGGUUGGAGAGGUUUGAUGUGCAGUUCCUGGGAUCUGUGGAAGUCCCAUAUCACCAGGGUAAUGACAUCCUGUGUGCUGCAAUGCAGAAGAUUGCUACAACUAGAAAGUUGACAGUUCAUCUACGCCCACCUGCAAGUUGUGAGUUGGAGAUCAGCAUUCAAGGGGUUAAACUGGUCAUGAGCUUGAAUGAGUAUGGCCCAGAAGACAAGACUGAAAGGUGCAGCCAUUUUUUCCAGAUGAAGAACAUUUCAUUCUGUGGAUGCCACCCCAAAAACAGCUGCUACUUUGGCUUCAUCACUAAGCAUCCUGUGGUGAACCGCUUUGCCUGCCACGUGUUUGUAUCUGAGGAAUCCAUGCGUCGUGUUGCUGAGUGUAUCGGUCAAGCAUUUCAAGAAUACUAUCAGGAGCACCUGGAGUAUGCUUGCCCGACAGAAGACAUUUACCUGGAGUAG